AUGCCAAGUGGUGACAGGUCAUUUGAAAGGUUUGUUGAAAUGAUGAUGAGUUCAAUGAAUAGAUCAGAAACCCCUACCAUAAAUUGGCUGAAGAUGUAUUUGGAUUUGCAUCCGCCAAGUUUUAAAGGUGACCCGAAAGUGGACCCAAGCGUGGGAGAAUAUUGGAUGGAGCAAACUGAAAAGCUACUGGAACACUUAGAAUGCCAUGAAGAGCACUGGGUAAGAUGUGCUACAUUUAUGUUAGAAGAAGAAGCAACUAUAUGGUGGAAGUCUAUGUCAGGAGUCUUAAGGACUCGAAAUACUAUCCAAGAAAAUGGGGAUGUGUGGGUGGCACCUAUUACUUGGGAGCAGUUUAAGACUGCAUUUAAUGAUAAGUACUUUCUUGAGUACUGGAGAGAGGUGAAGAAGCAAGAGUUCUUGAAGCUGACCCAGUCAGAUGAUAUGUCCGUGGUACAGUAUGAAGCCAAGUUUUCCAAGUUGAUAAAGUAUGUACCCAUGUACACCACUGACGAUUUUGAGAAGGCCCGGAAUUUUUUCCAAGGACUCAGAAAGGAAGUCAAGCAAGUUCUGUAUGUAUGGAACAUUCGCACUUUUGAAGAUGCAGUUGAGAAGGCCAUUAUCGUUGAGCGAAACAUGAUGGCUCAAGGAGAAUUGAAUCUCCGUAGUGAUUUGAAAAAAGAAGUGGAGAGCAAAGACAAGUCAACAAACCCUCUAGUAACCCAAUUCAAGAAGUCGAAAGGAGCCAAAUUUAAAAAGGAAAGGUAUUGCAAGAAGUUCCAGAAAAGACAUGCUGGCAAUAAGUGUGGGACCAAAAGCAAGGGAGCAGGUUUCUUUAUUUGUGGAGAAACUGGACAUUUUGCAAGAGACUGCCCUUUGAGGAAAACGUUGAAGAUUGAGGAAACGCCCGAAAAGGAGGUGACGUGCUAUGCUUGCAAACAGCGGGGACAUUAUGCAUGGAAUUGCCCCUAA